GAGAGGGCGCCAAAGACCAGCAUCCGUUUCGCUUUCGUUUCCGUUUAAAUGCCUCAAACCAUCGGCUGAAUUCAAGAAAAGUGAAAACCACUUACUGUCGUUGACGGCAUCGAAAAUGAACAUCGUCUCUAGACACAUAUUCACCUUUAUCUGCAAACACGAGGGCUGCACGGACUAUGGUAAAGUCGAGAGGGAUUUGCGGCUGAGUAUCACGGUUGCGGAUCAGGUUUUGUCUCGGGUGCUCGAUGAUCACCAGAGGUUUGUUAUAGUUCAGGAUGAAGACGCGAAUCCCAGAAGCUCCAUACCAGACAGAGACAGUCUGAUCUUAGCCAAAACCUCACUGCGACUGUGUAAACAUGACAAAUGUUCAGGGUGUGAAGACCUACACUUGUGCAGGUACUUUGUGUGUGGAAAUUGCAGAUUUGGGAUAAAGUGCAAAAAUCCCCAUGACUUGACAUCAGCACAUAAUUCUGACCUCCUGGAGAAACAUGAUCUUCACGGCCUUUCGCAUUCAGAGUUGUUUCAACUUCUGCUUCAGAACGACCCCUCGUUACUUCCAGAGGUGUGCCCCCAUUACAACAAGGGAAAUGGCGAAUAUGGCAGCUGUAAAUAUAAGACAUCCUGUACCAACCUGCACCUCUGCCUACACUUCCUGCAGGACGACUGUAAGUUUGGAGCAGUUUGCAAAAGGGCCCACUGCUUCGAUGCAAAUGCUCAGAAAAUCCUGAACGCCCGAGGACUCAGUCCAGAAAACACGCGAAAACUCCACAGGCUUUACAAGACCAAAUUACUGAUUGCUUCUUCAGCUUUCAAGAAGAGUGAGAAAGUAGCUCUACCUGCAGUGAAAGGACGCACCAGACACAAAUCCAGUAGCUCCGUCAGUGAAGCGGAUCACAAUGAAAUCUGUCUCUUUUUCAUACGCACUGGAUGUAGUUUCAAAGACAAGUGUGCCCGUUUUCACCACCAUCUACCCUAUAAAUGGCAGAUAUUACAGAAGGAUGGGAUUACGUGGGGAGACUUGCCAAAUGAAGAGGAGAUUGAGAAGGCGUACUGCAGUCCAGCUAAUGUUUUGUGUAUUACUGAGAGCAGCACAGGGCACCAAGUAGUGGACUUUAUGUCAAUGACAUGUGGAGUGUCAGAUGUGCGUCGGCUGUCCACAGCGUCUUCUCUCACUAAACCUCCUCACUUCAUUCUGACCACUGAAUGGAUCUGGUACUGGAGGAAUGACAAAGGAGGUUGGACAGAGUAUGGCAAAGGGGAAGAUUCUAAACUCGUGGCGUCAGUCACUUCAGAAGAUCUUGAGAAACAGUACCUGGCUGACAAUGAAAAGGAAAUCUCAUUCACUUCACAGAACCAUAAAUACAUCCUCAAAUUUAAAGAGAUGCGCCAGCAAAAUCUGAAGCACAAAACUGAAAGGGACGUUAGAAGGAGGCCACGUUUUAUUUCUGCCCAAGAUGUCAAGAGCAAAAUCAAGGGAAGUGAGUCUCCAGACAGCUCAGCAUCUUCUUCUGUGGAAGUUCCACCUUACUGGGACAAAGGAGCUCUUGAUAACUUCACCUACAAGACUGUCCCUCUACAAAGCUCUUCCAAAGAAUACCAAAGGGUGAGCUCAAUGUUUAGUAGAACACUGCCCAGAAGCAUCAUUCACAACAUUGAAAGAGUGCAGAAUCUCUCUCUCUGGAAGGUCUUUCAGUGGCAAAAAGAACAGAUGAAUAAGAGAAAUGGAGGGAGUGCAGUUGACCAGCGUUACCUUUUCCAUGGUACAGAUGAGUCUCUUAUAGCAGCAAUUUGUGAGCAAAACUUUGACUGGAGGAUCUGUGGAAGUCACGGGACACUUUAUGGGAAAGGCAGCUAUUUUGCCAGAGAUGCUUCAUACUCUGACAGAUAUGCAAAAUCCAGGAACGGCAGGACCAAGAAGAUGUUCGUGGCACUGGUGCUGGUGGGAAACUUCGCAAGGGGUAACAAUACUUUGGUCCGUCCUCCACAGAAACCCAACACUCAAAGCUUUUAUGACAGCUGUGUUGACAAUGAGGCUAACCCAGCCAUUUUUGUUGUGUUCGAGAAAUUCCAGAUCUAUCCUGAGUACAUCAUUGAAUACUCUUAAUUUGUCUAGUAAAGGUCUCCUUGUCUACAUAUUUCUUGAAAGUCCUGUUACAUAGAUGAUUUAUGUUAACAUCACUGAACAUAACCAAAAUCUACAACUCUUGGGCAUCUUCUUUCAAGUAAAAUUUGUAGGGAUUAUGUAAUGGGUAACUGUGUGUUCUCAUAAUUAAUUUUACUAAGAAAUCCUCUGUGACAUUCCACUGUGCAGUAAAAAUGGUAAAUACAAAAUAGCAGGAUUUUAUGUAGAGGUCUUUAUGUAUUAUCUGCAGUGAUUGUAUUUCAUUGUUGGCUAUGACACUGAAUUUUAUAGCCAAAAGCUUACCACUUACUACUGUAUCAAUCAAUAAAUAAUCCAUUUUAUUGCACUAGAUAAAAACACAGUAUGAAAAGUAUAUGAUUUAGUUACAGUUGUAUGAAUACUGAGCAUUACUCAUGCCCAUUUAGAUUAAAUAAUUCAUGUUUAAUGUAUUUUAUUGUUGAAUGAGGUUCAUGAAAUUAAAGUACUGAUACUGUAACAAA